UUUCCCAGAUGAUAACUUGUUGCCGUUGAGAUGAAACCAUUUUCAACAGUUGAACAUUAGUUGACAUUACCAAUCAUUUAUCAUAACCAGCGUUAAACAAUAUUCAUCGACAGUUAUAAUUGUAAUUCUGUAACAUUGUGUCAUUAAAGUCAUUAAUUUGUCUCCAAUUUUAUAAUCAAUUUGUGCUUCCAUGUUUUUACCCAUUUUUGCCCAUUCACUUCACUUUCCUCAACAGUGCUUCCUCCAUCCCAACAUGGUUCAUUAAUUAACCACAAAAUUAAUCAUCUCACACACAUUAACAAUCAUCUCUACUAUCCUUUAGGUGACAACAGUUUUCAAUCGAAAUUGAAAUUCGUCUGGAAAUUGUUCAACCUCAUGUUUACCCUUCAACCAAUUGGAGCUAUUUUUGCCCUUUGCUUGUGUUAAGCGUUUUUGUCAACUGAUUUGUCCAGAGAUCAAUGAUGAGUCCGCGAUCACGUUCAGCCGAUUCCCGGCCUCCAAACAGUUUGGUUUUGGCUCGCAAUUGUCUGGCCAUUUCCUUCAAUCCAGAUCCAAGUCGUUCAUCUUUACCCUGUAAACGGUGCUCUGGAUUGGAAUUUAUUGAUGACAAUGAGUUUAGUGAUAAAAUCAAGUGUCAACCAAUGGUCAUUACACCGAGCACAGCUUCAACCUAUUCUUCACCUUUCACAUCUCUAUCACCCUCUGAACCUGAAAGUAAAUCAUCUUCUCUUCAAUCAGCAAGUCAACAACCAUCCGAGGAACCAACUGGAAAAAUAAAUUGCUCAUCAAUCUCAACCACAUUGUCUGAUUCUUCCGAUUCAUCGUCAGCCUCUUCCACCAGUUCAACAUCUACUUCCUCCUCACCACCUUCCUCACCCUCGUCACCCUCUUCAUCACCACCAAACUAUCCUUGUUCAUGUAAAAGUUUAACCGGACUUGAACUGUUUACCAGUUUCGUCCAACAAAAUUACCAAUGUUUUUGGAAUCCUUCUUUAGUUUCAAGUGUAUCAACCCUCAAUUACACUGGAUUUUUACUUCCCUCAACAAUCCUCAUGAUUGGCUCUGAAUAUGCAUAUGAAGUUAUCCGAACUGCUUACGCACGGAGAAUCCUUCAUCCACCUUUGGGUUACAUUAUCCAAAGCUUGGGCGAUGUUCCCCUGGUUGAAAUGUCUCUGGUUUGUCAAGCCAAGUUUACCCCGUUAACUGAAGCUCUUUGUAAAUGUAUCAAUGAUUUUAAUAAUCGUUCAACCCAUGUUUUUCUUGGUGAUAUUGCUGAAGCCAUUAAACAAUCUUAUCCAAAUAUAAUUCCACCAACAGCUGAUAUGAUCAAGAAAACAUUACGUUCAUUGCAGCGAGCUGGUAAAGUGCGCUUCUCUACUAGUGAGGGUUACUUUCUGGUUAAACCUACUUUAACCUGCGAGUCAUCCAUUCUUGGUACCAGUCUUGAGCCUUCUUCACCUUGUGAUACAAUUAAACGGGAAUCGGUUAAAUUGUAUUCAUCUUUAAUGACUCCAGAUGAAGUAAUUAGUCGUCUCCAUGGGAGUCCAACAUCGUCCACUGAAAGUGCCUAUUUUGGUUCAAAUGGAGGUGUUACUCUUGAUACACCAAAUUUAAUGACACCAACCAGUUUAAAUACAACUUUAAAUUGGGACUUUGGUUUUAACAAUGUUAAUGGCGGUACUCUUCUUACUGACCAGAGUAACAGCCAUGAGGAAAGUGAUUUAAUAUCUUUACGUCGAUCUUCAUCACUUCGAGUUUCAACAACAGUCAAAGGAAUGAAUCGAUCACAAGAGAAUGACGAUUCUGAAAAACCUUUAACCUUAUCAUCAACGCCAAAUGUACCUUUUUCCCGAUCCAAAUCAUUGAGAAUGGUUAACAAUAAGGAAAAGAUUAAAUCAUUGACAAUUGAUUCAAGUGAAACUACAAUUAAAAGUGAACCCAUUACCAUUGUUGUUAAAAAGCCUUCAAUAUUUACUAAAUUUUUGGCUCGAUUGAGUUAUAAUGGUGGAAAUGUAGCUCCAGGAACUAAAUUAAAACCAGAAGGGAAUCGUAAAUUGGUUACCAAUGGUAUGGAUCAAGAGAUAAAUCGCCCUAGUCAAGAAUCAAAAUCAACUCAAACAAUUUCCAAACCAUCCUCUCCUGUUGUAUUACAUCGCCAAAAGUCUGGAAAAGUGUAUAGAUUACCCGCUGUUGGUGGAUUCAAUGGUGGCUUAACCAGGAAAUCAUCAACCCUUGAUAGUCGAUUUAAGUGUAAACCUUAUGGGAAUCUCACUUCAUGCAUGUACUGCGAAUCCUUGCGAACAUUAUCCAAAUCAAAGCGUUUAAAUCAUGCUCACCAACCAAUGGUCAAUAAUUGUUGUGAUUUAUGUAGUCUCAUUGUUAAAUCAAAUCCAUCAACACCAGCUGUUACUGCCUCCAAUGAAUAUAAUUCACGGUCGUUUGGCCUUGCCUCGGUUGGUCCAAUUGUUGAUCCUAGUUGUGACAAAUGCAUUUCUUCGUUGACAUAUUGUUGCUCCAAUGCUGAUUGUAACAUUUCCUCACCUAGACUCUAUUCACAUUAUCCAUCUCAACAUGAACACAGUUCACCCUAUCAACUGCCAAAUGAUCACUCUAAUCAUCACGACAGCCUCCACAGACAAUGUCUAACUCUGUCCUCUCCAACACCAUCAGCAUCACCUCCACCCUCACCUUAUUCAAGGUUUACUCUUUCCCCAACCUUAAGGCCUAAAACUUAUUUCUCACCUAGAUUAACAUCGUCCUCAUUGGGAAAUAAUGUUUCAUCGACUCCUUUAUCUUACUCUCCGAGCUCUACUUUACCCUAUUCAUCUUUAACAUCGCCAUCAACGUCAACCAAAACUGCUACAACCACAAUCAACAACAGCUUUGAAAAAUCAUUGGCUCCCAUCUCCAUUCAAACCAAUGCCGAUACUGCGGAAAGGUUGACUCUCGCUGAUGGUUUAAUAAACAAAACUAUACCUUCUUUGAUGACUUCUCAGUCACCCCAGAAAAGCUUGAUCACUACAGUUGGUGAUUUAACCAAUUGUAAUAAACUUCAAGAAGAUCAAUCGCUUGUAAUCAAGGAAAAUCCAAAUGAUACAUCGCUAUCUUUUAUAACUUCAGGGUCGACCAGUAACAAGAAUGACAGUGAAUCUUUUAAAAUUAGCAAAGAUUUGGCCCAAGAUAAUUUAUGGAAUGAAAUUGGUGGUCGACAAUUAGAGGCAGAGUUGAGGGAAACCGGUAUUACCAUUGGUAAUUCAUUUAACCUUAAAAUUGAAUUUGGUUCACCCAUAACAACUAAUCAAACCAAGGAGUCAACAAGUAGCACAACUACAUCAUCCUCAACGACUACCUUAUUGUCCAAUGGAGUGGCUAAAAGUUUCACUAAUUUUGAGGAAAAAUCAGCUGAAAACUUGCCACAAAAUGGUUUCCCUCCAACCACAUCAUCGUUUCCAACAUCAACUCCAUUACCAUCACCAUUAUCAAAAUCAACCUCUUGUAACAAUCAACUUGUUAGACCUUCUUUAUCAAGCCACAUGAAUGGAAAUUCAUCGGCCAAUGAAACAUCUAGCGUCAUCAAUAGUACAUCAACUGUCAAUGUACGUACAGUUACUCGAACAGUUGGUUUAAAUAAUGAAAUUGAGUGUAUUAACAUCUCACCAUCAUCAAAUAAUGAUCAUGAACAAUUUACUGCCAACUAUAAUCAUCAUGAUCCUGGAGUUAAAAUUAAUCAAGCAUUUAAUGCAUCAUCAUCAUUUGAUACAACGCUCAGUGAUAACGAAAAUGAGAGUAAAGCCGAUGAAACAAAUAAACCAACAACAAUUGCAAUAACAACAACAACCAAAGUAACCGGAGCUUUGACCACUUCAACCGCUGAUCCACAUGAAACCGUUGAUUCACUUGGCAGUAAUUUAAUCAAAAAGUCAACUUCCAUUAGUAACAUUAGGCAAAAAGUGGCUCAAGCGAAAGCAGCCUUUUUCAAUUCUGGUGACACUGGAAAAAUUACCUCAGCUUGUUGAGUUUAACCGCAACAGAAUUUAAAUUUUCAGACUAAAAUCAUCCUAAUGGACGAAGGAAAAAAGAUGAUCAUUGAUGCAAAAUAAUGCACUUCACAACACGACUUUCACUACCAACGAGCUUCAUCAUCAUUAUCAUCAUCAUCAACAUAGCCAACGCCAUCGCCAUCACCAUUAUCAUUAAAACAUCUGAAGAAGCAGAAAAAUGAUUAUUCUGUGUUGUAAACAGAAUGAAUCAUAUUUUUUUCAUUUACUUCUUAUCUCAACUUUACUUUGCCUACUUUGGUGUGCAAAAUGAUUUAGACAAAUCAAAUUAAUGUUAACAUAAAUUGUCUUCAUCUAACAUUAAAUGUUGUCCUGACUGGAAGUUAAUUUAUCUUGGGGAUCAAAAAAAUCAUCUAGCAAGAGUAAAGAGCGAAAGCAUUUCCAGGAGGAAAAAAACAUGGAAAAGUUGAAUUUACAAUAAUAUACAUUAUUAUUAUAAUUUAUAUUAUUAUACAGCAAAUUUUCAACACCGUGACUUUUUUCAUUGUAAAAUAGCUUUUUUUAUCCAUCAUUAUAAUAGCUUUUAAUGUGUUUUUACAUUUUCAAAUCAUGGAAUAUCAUUUUUGAAACUUUCAUUGAUUCAAUCGUUUCCCUCUCUCUUUCAAUCAUGAUUAUUCAUCAAACAUACGAAAGCAAAUUAAUAUUAUAUUUUCAGCGUAUAUUUACAAAAAUUUCUUGACAAGAAAUCUAAUUUUAAAUAUUCCAAUCAAUGUAAUCAAUUAUUAACACCUAGACCUUUAACAAUCUGAGAGUUUCCACUUCGGCCGUUUGUUGUUUGCCAAUUCUGUAAAUUUUGAUUCAAUUUGUAACCAUGAGAAUUGUAAUUGCCUUCAAUUGUAAAUACCUAUUUUAUAUAAGAUAUUUUAUCUGUAAACAAUUAAAUUGACCAGUUUUUGGUAUAAAAAUAUUGCAUUUA